AUGGCCCCAGUCACAUAUUCAUCGGUACAAGGGAUUCCCUUGGCCUAUGCAUCCUGCUCGAUUGGCUGCGGACCAAGUGAUACGCUUCCCCGUAAACUCGAAGCAAUCAGCAAGGCAGGCUUCAAUUCUAUCGAACUCUCAUUCCCUGAUAUCAUCGAUCAUGGAACCCAUCUACUCGGCCAACCAGUUCAACCGAACGACUACACCAAGCUCCUCUGCAUAGCUUCCGAGAUCCGCAAACUCUGCGACGCCAAUUCGUUAAGCAUCAUGAUGUUGCAGCCCUUUGCUAAUUUCGAGGGCUGGCCGAAGGGUUCGCCGGAGCGGGAAGAUGCAUUCUCCAGGGCAAAGGGAUGGAUUGAGAUUAUGAGAACCGUGGGAACGGAUUUGCUACAGGUUGGAGCGACAGAUAUACAUUCCAAUAGGAUCUCUACCAACCGCGCAGACAUCGUCGCCGACCUGCGCGAACUAGCCCAAAUGCUCGAGAAAGAAGACUUCCGCAUGGCCUUUGAAAAUUGGUGCUGGGCCACUCACGCACCAGAUUGGAAAAGCGCGUGGGAGAUCGUGCGCGAUGUGGACCGUCCGAAUAUUGGCCUUUGUCUCGAUACUUUCCAAACUGCUGGAAGCGAGUACGGCGACCCGACCACGUCGUCGGGUUUGAUUGAGAAUGUCUCUCGGGAGAAAUUGCGCGAACGGUUCGAUGCAAGUAUGGAUGAGCUGGCGACGUCUAUUCCACCGGAUAAGAUAUAUCUGCUUCAGAUCUCGGACGCCUAUAAGGUUUCGCCACCGCUAGAGGACAAAGUCAUUGGGGGCUUAAGAGCGCGGGGAAGGUGGAGUCAUGACUAUCGGCCUAUGCCGUAUGAUGGAGGAUAUUUGCCCAUUGAGGAUGUGGCCAAAGCAGUGCUAAAGACGGGGUUUCGGGGCUGGUUUUCUAUGGAGAUUUUUGAUGCAGGGCCGGACGGUAAAGGGAAGAAGUAUGAGUUGGAUGACUUUGCGAAGAAGGCGAUGGUUAAUAUGCAGAAGCUCCUGAAGAACUGCGCGGAUAAUUAG